ACCACCACGCCUAUGUAUAUAUACACUCCACACAAACACAUAUUCUAGAGAGAGAAACUCCCACACAAUUCUCUCCCAACAUCUCUCUCCACUUUCAUCUUAUUACAUGAACACAUACAUGUCCGUGUGUUUAUGUUGAACUGAAAUUUGAGCUGCAUUUGACGACGAGGAAGUGAAUUCCGGUGCUUAGAUCACUUCAGCCGCACGUUUUGAGUUGAAUUAUGCGAAGUUGAAUCUUGAUUUGUGUGAUUCUGAUCAAUUUUGUGGAAAUUAAUAGAAUUCUCGCGAAAUUAAUUAGAGGUUUGGAAGUGAAAGUUAAUGUGCCUCCGAUCUUUGCCGGAGGUGCUGGAAUUGUCGUCGGAGCUGCAGAUCUGAAAAUUCGAUCGUCGUCGGAGAAAUUUUCGAGUAUUUAAUUUUGUUUCGAAGAAUACGAGAUUCGAUCAACCAAAAAGUCGAGUGAAAGUAUUCAUGGAGUUACCGCAGCCUCGUCCUUAUGGAAGUGCCGAAGGCAGAAAAUCAACGCACGACUUUCUCUCGCUAUAUUCACCGGGGCAGCAAGAAUCGAGAUCUUCUCAAGGUGGUUUCUUAAAAACACAUGACUUCUUGCAACCACUUGAACGAGUAGAGACUGAUCAGGGCAUAUCCAAGGAAGGAAAUAAAGGUGAACCACCAAUGGAGAAUUCUAGGCCACCUGCUCUUCCAGCAACUAAUUCAGUAGAGCAUAUUCUCCCGGGUGGAAUCGGGACUUACAGUAUAAGUCACAUUUCUUAUCUAAAUCAGAGAGUUCCGAAGCCAGAAGGUGUCGAUACUCCGCCAGCACAAGCAAGUAGUAGUAACAGAAACGAUGACAAUUCGAAUUGCAGUUCUUACACCGGGAGUGGAUUUACUUUGUGGGAUGAAUCUGUAGUGAUGAAUAAGGGACAGACAGGGAAGGAGAAUAAUUUUGCAGCUAAAGAAAGACAUGCUGUAAGAGAGGUGGGAGUACACGUAGGUGGACAGUGGGCAACGUCGCUGGAGCGACCAUCACAGUCAUCAUCCAGCCAUAGUUUCCUCAACAAAGCAUUCAGUUCACUAUCAUCUUCACAGCAAUCGUUUACAAAGAAACAAAGCUUCAUGGACAUGAUAAAAUCUGCUAAGAAUGGGCAAGAAGACGAGGAAGAAGAAGAUGAUGAAUUUGUUAUAAAGAAGGAACUAUCACCCCACAAUAAAGGUAAUAUAUCAAUUAAAGUGGACGGAAAGGGUACUGAUCAGAAGCCUAACACUCCGCGAUCAAAACAUUCUGCAACAGAGCAGCGCAGAAGGAGCAAGAUCAAUGACAGAUUUCAAAUGCUGAGAGGGCUUAUUCCUCACAGCGACCAAAAGAGAGACAAAGCAUCCUUCUUAUUAGAAGUUGUUGAGUAUAUUCAGUAUCUGCAAGAGAAAGUGCAAAAGUAUGAGGACCCGUACCACAGAUGGUCACAGGAGCCACCCAAGAUGAUGCCAUGGAAUAACAGUCAUAGAACCGUUGAGACUUUUGAUGAUCAAUCUGGUGGUCCAAAUUGUGGUUCUGGUCCACCAUUAAUGUUUGCUACAAAGUUUGAUGAAGCCAACACAAACAUCUCCUCAACAAUGCCACGUGGUGGACAGGGCCUUUCAGAAUAUGAGAUAAGCACGGCUGAUACUGUAAGGGAGAUGGGUCAUCACCGUGUACUAGCAAAUGGUGGGAUGACCCUUCAUGUGCCACCACAGCAGACCAUGUACUCGCAUAAAGGAAGUAGCAGUGCAGCAGUCACGCUUCCACCUCGAGUCGCAUCUAAUACAGAGAUCAGAACAUCUCAUCCUCAUCCUCAGUUGUGGCAGAGUAAACCCUCUACGACAGAGUCCACUACAGUACGCGAAAAGAUAAAAGACCAGGAAAUGACAAUUGAAAGUGGCACCAUAAGCAUCUCAAGUGUCUACUCCAAAGAGUUGUUGAAUUCUCUUACACAAUCACUGCAAAGUUCUGGAGUAGAUUUGUCACAGGCCAGCAUCUCUGUACAAAUCGAUAUUGCAAACCAAGCAAAACGAAAUCUGAAUCCUUCAACACCAGUUGUUCAGAGUGAUGAUCCUCCUAAUUUAACAAUGCUGCAAUCAAGACUUCCUAGUGGCAGAGGUGAAUCUGAACAAGCCUUCAAAAGACUCAAAACCGGCAGAAGCUAAUGACUGUAAUCUUUUUCUUCAUAGCAUUAAAUUAAUUUUUGGGAGUCUUUUCGUUUUGUUUCCGAUGCUGGUGAACUGACUAGCAUAUCGUAUCUUUUGGUAAAAGAAAAAAAAAUUGAAACCAGCUGAGGACAAGACGGUGUUUUUUUAUGUUUAUCAGAAUCUUUCUUUUUUAUGUUCCAAAAUUGGUGGGAUGAAUGCUCAAGUUUUUUCUAACAAAAAGUAUUGUUUACUAUACUUGUAAUAGAGGCUUCCAUUUUAAUGAUGAGAAGCUGCCUUUUACUUUCAA